UGCCUCUCAUUGAAGGUUUUCUCUUAGGAUUUCUGCUGCGCGAAGCGCUGAGCGAAUUACAAGCCAGGGGUAGAGGCAGAUUUGCAAUGGUAAUUAAGUGAAAAUUUGGACACAUGUGAGACACAGCAGGGAAUUUGCAGCUUGAGACCCAUGCUGCUGAAGAGAGAGAGAGAUGCUUCAGCUCUCCCCGACAGAUAAACUCGAGCGCUGUGAACAGCGAAGCUGCCAGGACCAGGUUUCCCAACAACCAGAUUGUUCAGUUUCACCUAAGGACAGUAUGUUUAACGGAGAAGUGACAAGCACUACAGCAUCAUCGUCAUCAUCUCGCAAUGUGGUGCGAAGUUCAAGUAUCAGUGGGGAGAUGUACAAUAUAGAGAAGAACAAUGGAGGACCACCUGAUGCAGCUGGGAUGUCCACAAAUAAGAAGAGACGUUCCAGUCUUGGUGCCAAGAUGGUAGCCAUCGUUGGGUUGUCCCAAUGGAGUAGGAGCACACUGCAACUUAACCAGCCGGAUGGAAGCACAAAGAAGUUGCGAAGCAACAUCCGUAGAAGCACAGAGACCGGCAUCGCUGUGGAAAUGAGGAACCGAGUUACACGGCAGGGAAGCAAAGAGUCAACAGAUGGCAGCACUAACAGCAACAGCUCUGAUGGCACGUUCAUAUUUCCAAUGACUCGGCUUGGGGCAGAGAGCCAAUUCAGUGACUUCCUCGAUGGCCUGGGGCCUGCCCAGAUAGUUGGCCGGCAGACUUUAGCCACACCUCCAAUGGGUGAUGUUCACAUCGGGAUGGUGGACAGGAAUGGUCAGCUGGAGGUAGAGGUCAUUCAGGCCCGAGGACUCACUCCUAAGCCUGGCUCCAAAUCAAUUCCAGGUGCCCGCUAUGUGAAAGUGUAUGUGCUGGAGAAUGGAAGCUGCUUGGCAAAGAAGAAAACCAAAAUUUCCAAAAAGACACUGGAUCCUGUCUACCAGCAGGCAUUGCUCUUUGAUGAGAAUCCUCAAGGAAAAGUGCUUCAGGUCAUUGUGUGGGGUGAUUAUGGCAGAAUGGAUCACAAGUGUUUCAUGGGAAUGGCUCAGAUCCUUCUAGAUGAGCUGGACCUGUCCACUAUGGUGACAGGCUGGUACAAGCUGUUUCCUACUUCCUCUCUGGCUGACUCUACUAUCGGUCCCCUAACCCGUCGUCUUUCCCAGUCAUCCCUGGAGAGCUCCACCAGCCCCUCCUGCACCUAGUGAUGUCUCCAGCUGCCCCACUGCACACAUCAGGGGCAGGCGCUCGGAAUUCGGCGCCUCCUAGUAGCUGCUCUGAUUGACUGUGAUUUGGCACAUUUCCUUGAAGCAUAUGUGUGCGAGUAUAAAAAAAGAAAAAGAAAAACAAAACAAAAAACAAAAAACACCAUACACAAGGAGGGUACCUGCACACAUACCUGAGCACCCUAACACAUAGAUCGUGUUUUGUAUAUGCUGUAUAUAGGCAAGCGCAUAUACAGUGUAUAAUGUAAAUGCAUGCACUUGCACCAAAAGCAGAAGAGACAUCCUGGGAUGGUUUAUGUUGAAUCCAUGAUAACAAGGCAGCAGCAUCUCUUCAUACUCGGAAUGCCACAGCAUGGAACUCCAGAAGGCAAAGGCACAGAUAAGAAUACUCAUCCCAGUUCUGCUCCCUGCUGCCUUGGAAGAAAUGUUCACUUAUCAGAACUCAAGAGCAGUAAAGAAAUAAGAAACUAGAGUCCAGAGGAUGGGCUCUUCCUCCAUCUCAUCAACUAAGAAAAAAUGAUUUUAUUAGGAAAGUGACAAAGUUCACACAGUGUAUUGACUUCUCCAGUGCUGCUGGUCAUUUCCAACUAAUCUAACAAAUGUAGCAUCUGUGCCCAACUCACCCUCACCAAUGGCACACUCCAAGUUGCCCCACCACUUCAUCCUUGUCCAGACCUUCUCUGGCUUUCCUAAAUGCCAAACCUGAGCAACUAAAAACAAAAAUGUACAAACCAAAGCAAUUCAUUUUAAUAGAAAAUAUGUAGCAAUGUCUGUGACCAUCGUGUCGAUGACAACAAGGGAAUGCAAAAAAUAAAAAUAAUAAAAAUGAACGACAUGAAGGGGAAAAAGUUGCUUACUGAGAUACCUAAAUUAAAGGCCAUGUUCAAUAUUUAAUCAUUUAAGAACUUCAGAAAAAUUUAGCUUCUUUAAUAAUCUUGUACAAACCUUCUUAAUAAUUGGAAGAUUUCAGCCUUUACUCAGAAGAUACAGAAACACAUCUGCUUAUAAAGAUGUUUCAAAGGCUGGCCAUUGACAAAACAAGACUGUUUCAAGUAGGUCGAGAGCCUAGGCCCACCCACAGCAGAGUGCAUCAGGUCUCUCCUCAGUCAGGAGCGGACUGGCCCCUUCACGCGGGCCCAGCAGACACAGAGAGAGAGAAAGACAGAGAGGCAGAAACAGAAAAAGGAAGAAGCCGAAGAGCAUACACCACAGAGAGUCACAUGGUCUCAAAAGAGCAAGCCUGCACACGGCCCAAGGGGAUGCUGUGCACCUUCCCAGGGCGACCCUUGUCCUGAGCACUAUGCAGUCUGGGGCAUGACAAGCUGACAUGGAAAAGAAAAUGCUUUCAGUGAACCUCUCACCAGCCGUUCUUUUGAAAAGUCAUAGCCCCUCGUAGCACAGAAGAGCACGUCCUGCGUGCUUUUAGUCAAUUCUAAAACACCUCAUGAAUACUUAUAGAGGUGCCAACAUCCAGAAAACAGCAAUGCACACAAAGUGUCAUUUCAUCGGCUUUGUUUUAUCUUCUGUAGACUAUUCGAUGUUCUUGUGCCUGAUCAGAUAUAAAUGUUUCACUUGGAGAAACAUCACAUCUGUGCAGUCAAUCCAUGCUUUAUGCAGAGAAGAAGAGGAGCAAGUGUAAAACUUGGCUGUAGGAUGUCUUCUUUUGCCUAUUCAAUGGUCUAUUCACGUUCCUAAUGAAUCCAUGACUUCAGCUUAUUGAAAUUGUUAAUGACCAAAUCUGUUAAAUUUAGCUUAUCUGGAAAAACAGUAGCACCAGCUCUUCAACAACGAAAGGGUCCAACAGACACUGGACAGCCUAUUUGAAUUUCUGGGUUUUUGUUGUGUGUUUUUGGUUCAAUUCAGUUUGCAGAAAAAAAAAGCUAUUACUUCAACACCAGCCAGUGAAAUCAUCAUAUAAAGGUCCACCAGCGUUCUAAGUCACCAGGACAAAAAAGCCUACCAUAUCCUCUAAUUUAUUGAACGCAGCAUCCCUAUUCCGACUGAGAAGCAUCAAGAGUAGGAAUUGCCUGAUUGUCAUUCAUGUUGGUGACCAACAAAAAAAAAAAAAAAAAAUAGAGAUAACUGUGCAUUUCACCACCUGUGUCUCCAUGUGCACAGAAAUCAAACGGGACAUUUUGACUCAACAGUGUACUCUUUAUCUCUUUAUGCAUGAAUCUUUUCAAUAUGAAUAGUAGAUACUGAUUGGUUCUAAUAUUUGUUUCAACUGCCGGGUCAGGUUUGUAACUUUUUUUUUGUGUAGUUUGCCUAUUUUGGAAACUUUUUUCAGUUGAAGAAUUGUUAUUUUUUGGUUUGCGUUGUCAGUAAAUAAGCAAGAGGGUACAUUCUAGGUAGCAACUCUGGUCACACAGUCCAAUGAAAGAGCUGCUGUCAUUGAAAUUCUGAAGACUUUACACACUUUAGCAAUGGUAAAGCUCAUGCUUUUACGAGUUCCUGUAGUAUUGACUCCUAAAAAGCAUUCCCAGCACUCUGAGGACAAUGUGGCUAAACUGAUGGCCAGUCUCAGGAUGUGUGAAACUGGAAAGUCUGAUUAACAAGUCAAGAACGCCCUCUACUGGCAGGCUUUUUGGUUUUACCUUUUGGAAACAGCCUUCUCUGCCCAUAGAGGUCAUUUCACACAGAGAUUUACUGUCACCCAUUUUGCUAAUUUUUGGGAGUAUGGAGAUGACAAUUAGACACACCUCCUACAGCAAUUGUUAGGAAAUAUCGUGACUUUUAGAACUUCACCUAACAGAAAAUGUAGAAAUCAAACUUGUGACCAAGAGUGUAGGGAGUGAGCCAAAACAGAAGUUCUCAGAUCACCCAUAGCACUUGGAAAAAGGGUUUACCCACAAAUGAGCAACACAGUAAGCCCUAGUGACAUCUGUAAGGGUGCAUCAGACAUUCAGGUCAACUGAGUGUUCGUGUAAUGGACUCCUCAUUGUUUUAGUGUACCACCCAAUGCAUAUUGGGUAUGGGUGAGUUAUUUUUAAGAGUAAAAUUUGCAUUCGUCUAAGGUGGGUGGUGUGGGUUGCAUUUCAGAUUAUUUGAUUUAAGAUUUCCAGUUAAUGGAAACAUUUUUUUCUAGUAAUGAGGAGAUGACUUAGUGAAGCAUUCACCUCAUGUAUGUGUGUGGCUAAAACAGAAGUGUAUUUAUUGAGAUGCACUCAUAUCAAAAAACUGUUUAACUGUUAGAUGUUUUGCAUUAUUUCAUACUUUUCACUGUGAAUGUUGCCAGAUUUUCCACCAAAAAUCUAAUGUUAGAUAUAAAGGACCUUCUAUCUGUAAUAACUACAAGUAGGCAUUUCCAGAUGUUAUUAAUUAAAUCAUCGUAUUGUGGAGGAUUUUUGCAAAUAUCCUCCUUGCAGAACCAUUUCUACAAUUUGUGAGUUUCAGAGCAUGAAAUACUUAUUUCAGGCCAUACCAAAAUAAUUCUGCAAGGUUUACUUGAACUUGGAAUUCAUCAUUGCUCAAGAUCAUUUUCUUCAACCAUUCUGACAUACUUCUACAGUAGUAUGUUUCAUUUAGUUGAUUUAUUUUAUUGCUUUAGCUCACAGCCAGAUGGCCUAAUAUUCUUCUGUAGAAUCCUCUGGUACAAAACCAAUUCAUUGUUUGUUCAGUUAUUGCUGUAACAGAAGAUAUCCAAACCAUUACUCUACCACUAUCAUGCUUAGUGGUCAAACAGUUCCUGUUACACUCCUCUGCCCACAAAGCAAUAUUCCAGAUAGUUUGAGGACCAUCUUUUUGUAUUCUGGAAAACUUAAGAAGAGCACUCAGAUUCUUUGUUGCAUCAUUAAAUGUGGGAAGGCCACAUCUGGCAAACUGAACACCCUAGAUUUGCUCAGUUUAUUCAAUAUGGUUCUGACUUUGGUUCAAGGGAGCUGGAGAAAGUUGGAAAUGGAUAGUAACUUUUUCCAGCAUGAUGGAUAUCAGCUAAUUUUCUGAAGAUUUUCAGGAAUUGUUUUGAUUGUAGCAUGACACACCUCUAGGACAUCACAAUGUGAUGAUAAGGGCAAAACGUAGGUGAGCAACCCAGGUCUUCAUCAGGCCUGAGUUUUACUGAAGUGUUCAAAGUGCUGACCUUAUCAUUUAGAUUAGUCAGAGUUCAUACAAUUCCUCUUGUACCACUGGUGUUCUCCUUAAUGAUUACCCUGCCCUUAAAAAAAAAAAAAUAUAUAAACAGCAAAUUUUGUGCAUAUAUUUUGUUCCCUCAAAAUACAACUCAUCAAAACAUCAGAGGAAAUUCACUGUGAAAAGUAUUAAAUUAUGUUGGUAAUCUAAUUGGAGCAAAUACUUUUUCAUUUAUUAAUAUAUAAAUAUACUUGCUCAUUUUUAUUAUGUCUUUCGAAAGCCCAAAUGGAGGGAGAGACAGCUCGCAGGUCACAUGAUGCUGUCUGUCCUUGUCACAUUUACUUUCAUAUCUUACAGGUCAGGCAGUGAAAUGCUCUGUGCCUUUAUCAAGGCGUUGUUUCUUUUUUUCUUCUUUUUUGAAGAAAGAGUGGACUCAGAGGGUCCCUCAUGUGGCCCCUGCUGUAAAUCUUAGGUAGGGUACAGUUACUUUGUGUUUAAUAGUAAUGCUUCAUUUGUAUCAGCAUGCCAAAUAACAAAACAUUUCGGAGCAUUGCUAAAUGGGGCAUUUGUUCUGCCCAGGCAAGAAGCCUUCACUCUUUUUUGUUUCUGCUGUAGGUACUCCUCUUACUGUAUUUACAGUUAAGAUAACUGAAUGUUUGAAAAUGUGAUUUUACAGAGAAGAUGGAAAUUCACUGCACGUUGCCUUUAGAAAUGCUUAUUGUUGUUAAAAUGAGUAGCAUGCUGGGCUUGAUUCAGAGAAGGGCUAAGGAAGGAUCUGUCACUUGCUUGCUUGUGGCUCAGACUGCUAAUGCUGUUGUGAGCACUGGAAGACUUUACCUUUAUAUGCAGUAUGUCUGUCAUCUUGUAGAGUACUUCCUGGAGAGAAGUUUCAGAGAUGCCAAUGAAUGUAUGUUCCUGGGCAUUGAUCCCUAGACAGCUCAGUUCCUUUUUAUUUUUGCUAAAAAUUUGCACAAGAGCACAACUUAUUUUGGUAAUGCCUUCAUUAAAGUGUUUUUCAUUCAUGUUCAGAAUUACAGAGCAUAUUCCAUAAGUCCUGGGGUCCUCCUGUGGCUGCUGGUUCAGAGUCCAUUUAGAUUCUUAAUCAGACAUUGGCCUAUAGCUUGUUUCAGCACUCAUUCAGCUUCAACCAAUCAGCUUUCACGUUUUACUCUGACAUCAUACAGCAGGAACCGUAAGCCCAAGCUGUUUCAGAACUAUUUUUUAAAAAUCUGCUUCUCUUAGAAAUGUAAAUGUUAACAGUUUUUGUCCUCUGAGUUCAGAGGUGUUUGUGAACAGCAAAGGAAAUUUCUUUCUUCAAAUGAGGAUUUUGGGUACCUUUCUGUGCAACUCUCUAACAAUCUAGUUUAAAACCAGAAAUGUAAGAGGAAAGUUUCUUGCAAAUAAGAUGCAAAAUCUUUGCACAUUUCGUUAAGCUGGUGUCACACUACAUGACAUUGCCAACAGAGUCUUCACUUACUGUGUAUCAUCUUAAUGGUCAUGAAAUAACGGUGAGAACCCAACCAGGGGUUCCUAAGUUCACUCCUAGGGCACCACUGUGGCUACAGGUUUUCAUUCCAACCCAUUUCGCAAAUAAAUGGUUCUAAAUGAUCUAAUUAUUUACUUAGUCUUUCCUUCUCUUGUUUUGUGUUUAGUACAUUUACAUGUUAACAAAACUUGGAAAUCUGCAUUGUUGGCCAUAUCUUUAAGUGUUAACUAUCUUUUAUCAUACAUUUUUUAAAUCUGUGGAAUUUACUCCCUUAAUUGCAUCCAAAUACUGACCACUAGUAAGUAAUAAGCAGUGCAGACGUGGCUGCAAAUAACACUGAAUUCUAAAAGGAAGCCACUACUUUAAUGCUACAUUUAUUUCAGUGCUAAUUAGUAAUAAAAGACGUAACUAAGUGGUCCUCAAGUUCAGUUCUGCUUACCACCUCAAACUGCAAAUGUUCAUCCCAGCCACCUUCUCCUUUUACCCAGACUUAAUUAAACAAUGUAUUAACUUCCCAGUUUCUACCUUUUUUUUGUGCCAAUCCAGAAACUGAAAAAUGGGUUUGCUAAAUUUUUAGAGGAAGGUUGCAAAUAUUUGUUUAAUUAUUAUUCUUUUUCUUACUUUUUAAGAGUUUGAUUCUCCUUUUCUUAUUAAUUAGCUCAUGAGUGAAUUUUAUACAGCGGUGGCUGCUUUCCUUUAGUAUUCAGUGUCAUUUGCACCCAUGUCUGUACUGCUCAUCACCCAUCAUCAGUAUCUGGAUACAGUUAAGGGAGUAAACUCCACAAGAAAAGGCAAAUUCAAAAGAAUAUGGUAAAAGAAAGUUGACAUUUAAAGAUAUGGCAAAAAAUGUCAAUUUCUGAAUUUUGUUUACCUGUAAAUUUAUUAGCACAUAUAUAAAAUAACAGAAGGAAAAGACUAACUAAACAAUUAGAUAAUUUAGAAGCAAGACUGAACCAUUUAUUUGUGAAAUGAAAAUCCGCAGUAAUUUGCAAUUAACCAGCCCAUGAAUAAGUGAUAAUGAACACAGAGCUCCUCUGAAGAGCCUGUUAAGUACUGACAUAUUGAUUUAUUAGAACUGAACACAUUUCGCCAUUUUAAAGUUAAGAUCAUAACAGAUCACUGCACAUCAAAGAGAGGGAUCUGUGGACUGAAAGUCUUGAAGUACUUUUGUAACCGUCAUAGAGACCACAUUGUCAUCUCAUUUGGAAUACUGUUUCUAAAUGUAGAAGCUGGAUCAAGAAUUAAGUGACUCAGCAAAUCAAAUAAAUGAAUUCAAACUGAUAUACUAUAAGCAAUUAAAAUCUGCACCCACUGUUGAUCUUUACGGAUGCUGCCCAAUUGACAGAAGCAAGGCAGUAAUGAGGCAUAAAUUCUAACAAAUCUAAGUUGCAAUGUAAGCCAGCAGCCACACAAGUCCCCCAUGUCUUAUCUAAUGUAUUUUCAUAAAAUGGAACCAUCCAGUGACACCCCAGUCUAACUGAAUUCAAUUAAUAUUAGCAGCAGUUGACGGGCUCAGGCCUCCAACUGGUCUAAUAUGGAGCUCUUUUAAAUAACUUAAAGAAAGGCCCACCACCCUCCAGAGUGACUACAGUAAGUGGAUUGGGAAAAUUACGGCUGGUUUAACAGUAAUGUCCCCUAGCCUCCCAAAACACCAGUCCAAGAUGUACGGAGGCUUACCUUGCCAUUCUGUUUAGGUCAUCCUAAGAAGCUCCACCAGUCAUUUGCUUCAUCAUUUAAGGUCACUUUUUUCUUUCUGAUGGUGCUUCUUGAUUUUAUCUUUAGCAGUGUAAGCUAUCGUUGAAUAGGAUCUGUGAUAUCGCUUUGGUAUGAUUUGCACUUGGCUUUAUGGUUGCUGUGCCUGACAUUCUGUGAUCAUUUACGGCAGUGACCGGAGAAUGCUGUCUGUGUAGGCCGAGAUCUAUGCAUGUAGGCAUGCAACUCAAAACGGAAUGGUCCUGCUGCCCAGACAAAAGGAUGUUUAAAUCCUGUGUAUUCUGACGGUGAUGAGGUUUAUCUCUUUGUGCCAUUCAGUGUGGUGUUGACCAAGCCUAACAAUUCACAUUGGGCAGCAAACCCCCCGUUGUAAAAGAGUCUUACUUUCACAUCUUCUCACCCUUCCCAUGACAUUUAAACGUGAGACAUUUGCACGUUACAAGUGUUUGACACUUUACUUUUUACUUUACUUUUCUCGGACUGAAAUAAAAAUGUAGCAUGUUUUUGAGAAAUAUUUUUUAUUUUUUGUGGACGUGCAAGAAUACUGACUUUGUUCUCAGUACAAAAUACUGUUGAGCAUUUUCAAAGCAAACGAGCGUAUUAAAACCCAUGGCUGGCAUUUAAAUUUCAAAGCCCUGAGUUUCACUUCGCUCCCAUCUUUUCAAUGUUGCCAAAUGCAUUUUGAGCAAAAUUAAAUGCUUUGGCAGAUGAAAAGAAAAGCAAAUUACAGUGUUUAUAACAGAUGUAUUUUAUACAGAGCACAUUCAGUUUUUUAAAUAUAUACAGUACAGCACAGUGAGAUGUAAUUUGCCAUUUCUUGAUAUUUAAUGUAAAAAGAAUGUUACACAUUUCUUGUGAUUUUGGAGUGUUUACACGUCUGGUAAAGAAGUAACUAUUUUAUAAUUCAGUGUUUCAUCUUAAAACCUGGAAGAGCUGAACAGAGGGCCAUAUUUGUUAUUUAGGACUCACUUUUGGCCCGCUCUGUAAAUAAGGCUGCCAUGUCUGACCACCACCUCAGAUUGCCAUUGCCGUUGUUUAAAGCAGUGGGAAUGUGAGAAACGUACACUUCCUGUUGUUACCGCCUAAUAUGUACAAGAUUAAACUUCACGCCAUAUGAAGGCUUAGAGGACAAAACAUUGCAUUCCUCACUUUCUGAUAGUUUUCAGCAUGAAAUAUAUUUUUAUCUUUGUUUCAAAAUGUAUUUGCAAUUAACUAGUAUUACAUUUUAAAUAUUGAACUCUAUAUAUUAUUUCACUCCAAUGAAAGAAGACAGACAUUCAAAAACUACAAUAAGCUUUAUUUCUGAAAAUCAGAAUCAUACUAGUUGGGAUGAGAAGAAAGGCCAACUGUAAUGGCCAAAUAAUGAACAACCAAAAUCCUGGGACAUUUCUGAACAGCAAUAUUUGGUUUUGAAUUUUUUGUAAUCGCAUUUGUGUUAAGUCGUCUUAUCAUCAGUAUAUAUUUUUACCUGCACUGUGCAAAGACAACUUUGGUUAUAAUAUUUAGUUAUUAACUGUUAAAGUUUGCUCUGUUUUUCAACACUUAAGGUUGGCAAGCCCAAGACCUGAGCUUUGAUUUCUUAAACCUUGCAUUCCUGGUGUUGUUUCCUUUCAGAGAACUUGUUCAACGUGAUGCUGAUAAAAGUUACAGUUGAGUGCAGCAAGUUUGAAGCACUAGCAAGUGUUUUUGAAGAAAAGUAAUUGUCAAAAUUGGGAAAAGUUUAUCUUCUGACCGUAAAUAUCAAUAGCUUUAUAAAUUAGUAAAGUAUAGCCAAGGGAAAGUCUUCAGGAAUUCUUAUGUAUAUAUUUGGUAGUGUAAAGCAUUCCACAGCAUAGCAAAAGAGACUCCAGUAGUCAAGAGUCAAGAGGUAAAGAACUCAGCAGAAAUGAGUCCUGCAUUAUAACAUUCUUGAAAUUAGAUUUUAGUAAUAUUGCACUCAAUGUUAUAGCGUCCAGUAGUAUCAUAUAUUAUUUAGGGGGCAGAGUGGUGGCUCUGAGGCUAAGGAUCUGCGCUGGUAUCCAGAAGGUUGCCGGUUCGAAUCCCUGUCACUGCCAAAAGAGAUCCUACUCUGCUGGGCCCUUGAGCAAGACCCUUAACCUGUAAUUGCUCCAGGGGCGCUGUACAAUGGUUGACCCUGCGCUCUGACCCCAAGGGGUAUGCAAAAACCAACAAAUUCCUAAUACAAGAAAUUGUAUAAGGUGAAAUAAAGAACAAAAAGAAAAAAGAAAAAGAACAUAAUCAGUUCGCACAGUGGACGACAUUAUAGUUCUACAGAACACAGUGGUAAGGAAUCUCGCAAAGUUCAGUGUAGUGUAAUAAAGGUCUACAGUAUAAAGUCCUGAAGUAUUGAGUACAGUGCUACAAAUCCAGAAACACAGAGCUACAGAGUCAGUCAAGCACUACACUCUCCAAACAGCGUCGAUUUCAGCGAUAUACAGUAGAGGCCAGCACUGUGGACUUAUCUGUCCAAAGCACAGUGGCAUGCAGUCGGCAGUAUUAAAUUCAGCUGCAUAGAACAUAGUGGUAACACUUAAGCUUAGGUACUGCAAAAAUGCAUCUGUUAGUCUUAUAUUUUUAUGUAACUAGACCUUAAUAAAGGCCUUAGCAACUCUUAUAAAGCAUUGUUGAAAUUACUUGUGAAUAUGGAGGAUUCACAGAUCUCCUACUGAAGUAUACAAUAUCAAGAGAAGUGUAAGCCAGCUCUCACUAUUCCAAAGUGACGUUUCAGUAGGUCGCACUGCAGAGAGAAUCAAUUUACUGAUGCGUUGUAAGCGUUCUUAAGACCAAAAGUAGCCUUUGUUAAUGUCUUGUGUUGUAACAACAUAUGAGUAAUAAGCACAUUUUUUGCAAUAUCUAAGCUAAAGUUGUACCAGCGUACCUAACUAGAGUCUAGUGGUACAGAAUUCCCCAGCAUAAAGUUCAUUGUCAUUGAAUUCACAGUAUUAAGUCAGGUUAUACAAUGUGUAAAGUUUGUGAAAGUCAAAUCAAGCUAUAUUGAGUGCAGUGGUACAAUAUUUAGAGUCAAGUAGUAUGGAAUCCAAGAGUUCAGAGUCCACUGGCACAGUGUCAAGCAGUACAUAACCCAGCAGCAGAAAGAGUCAACUCCAAUGGUAUGGAUUUCACCAGAUUACACUCCAGAAGGAUGAAGUAGAGCGGUAGAGCAGUCAGUAUUAUGCUCAGGUCUACAAGUCCCAGUGGCGGAGCGCUUAGUGGUAUCCACUCCAGUGGUACAGGACCCAUCUAAAUGAAGCGCACAGUUAACGUCAGUGAAACACGCACUCUGCUGCAGUUUCCAACUUACUGGUUCUCAACUGUAUCUUUAGUUCUGUCUUCAUGUUUAAAUAAAAUGAAGCUGGUUGAAUGAAAUGGAAAACGUCAAUGAAGAAAGCAUAUCUUGAAAGGAGAACACAUUUUAUUGAUAACACAGCCUGCGAGCAUUCCAGGCUCUUUAAAGUGCUGACUGGUGUCUGCCACUGGUGACAUUCACCAGAAAGCUCAACCCAAAAUCCUUCUGUCACAGAAGAAUUAUGUAAUCACACCUAAUUUUUAUUAGGUUUUUGUUAUAAGAAUUAUCUGAAUAAACCUUAUUUUCUGUAGUAAUAGAUUUAAAUCAAAGCUGGUCUUCAGAUGGUGCUGCUAUAAGACAAUCUACCCAUCAUCACAUAAUGCAAACUACCUGCGGUGGCUAGACACAUCUUUAUUUUAUUAGUCUUAGCUUUCACUUUUCAUUUUAUAUUUUUAAUUCAAAUAACUAUAUUUUGCCAGUAAGGAAAACAUGUAGCUUCCCUCAUGGAUGCUCUUGAAUGCUUUUAUUUUUUUACAGUAACUAUUAAAUCUAUAUUUCUAUACAUUCAGAAGUAUGUAGCAAAAGGCAUCCAUCAGCACCAACAAUCUGUAAAGAGAACAAAGCUCAAGAGAAUGACCAGUUUCUCAUUUUGCUUAAGUGCCAAAAUGUUAUUACUAAGUAAAAGGAUCUGGUAGCUGGACGUGGCUUUUGCUCCCAAGGGGACAAGAAGAAACUAGAAAAAAAAGAGAGGCAGAGUGUGUCAAGAGUGCCAUUAUUCCAGUGUCCUAAGAAUCUCAACAGCCUACUUUGGUGCUCAUAUUGUGCUGCAGACCUUAGACAAUCUGUUCCAUACACCGUACUUUAGCUACAGUGACACACGCCUUCUGGGAUAUCCUGACACCGGGCUACACCCAGCGUGUGCGACUGACAUGGGAGAACUGUUCUACUGUCUAGUACCAGACCAGCACAGAGUCUUAUAUUUUUAUAUGCCCUUCUUUACCCAAAUUAUAUCACGCAAUUGAUUUACGGAAACCCAGGCAUUGCUUGUAGGUGCAAAUUACUGUAUCAUUUUUGGAAGAUGGAUAGAGUUAUAAAAUAUAUACAUAUAUACUGUAUACAUAUACAUAUACAUAUAUAUAUAUAUAUAUAUAUACAAACAUAUAUAUGCUGAGUUGUACUUUUUUACCUUGUGGUAUGUAUGUUUUCUAUGUGCAGUAUUUGAUAAUGUUAAACUUGUAUUUUUGUGGUUUAUAUGGAGCAGGAUUGAAGAGCUUAGGGUGCAUGUAGUUUUGUAAUAUACACUUGACAAUUUUCAAAUUAAUAUUAAAUCAAAGUCAUAAAUCUGAAGCUUGAGCCUGCAUGCUCCUGGACAGCCACUGAGGGCAAUUAAAAUCCGCAAGAAGCUUGCUUUGUCUGUGUAUUUCAUUUUUUAAUAUAAAUAACUGUGAAUAUUUCCUACACAAAUCUAUUGUACUGUAUAUGCUCCUGAUGGUCACCUCCAAUUGGAUUUUUACGCCUGCAUAGCACAUCAAGGAGAGUGUGUGAUCUGUGUGCCUUCUUUCUUCUAUUUAUUAUAAUUGUUAAAUAAGAACAGCCUCUAAUUACAAA